GCUGCGCGGGGCAGUGGCGGCGGAGGCGGCGGGUGUGCGACCGGCUUGGGUAGUUGGGGAGCGAGCUGAGGGGUGGGGAGGGAAGUUCCAACGUGAGAACAUGUGUUGGAGGAGACAAGGGGCCCGGGAGAAGCGGACGGAGGUGGAGCCUGAGCGCCCCGACAGCACCUGGGCGACACAGAGGCUCGAAACUGGAAGAAAUGGGAGCCACGAAGAGAAGCUCGGAGAAGCUGAGGGACCGAGAGACGGGGAGGCGGAGAGAGGACGGAAGCCGCAAACUGGGGCCAUGGGGGGCAAGGAGAGCUGAUGGGGGCCCCCCAGAGGCUGCAGAGAAAUGUGGUCGCACUGUGAACUUGGGGAGGUGGGAAACUAGCGAACAGAAAGAGACUGAGGAAGAGGGCGGUUCAAACGGAGGAACAAAACACUCGUUGACCUUAAAGGUUAUUUUUACCAGCCAAAAUGGGUUUACUUGGGGAUAACUGCGAGUUGCAAUUUGGGACAAACCAGCUACAGCAAAAACCAUUGGCUAGUCCCACCAAAGAGAAGAUAAUUAUAUGGAGAAGGAGGAAGUUGGGAGGGGUUGUUUUGAAUGGAAAGUAGGUUGGAGAAGAGCAAGAGUUCAGGGUGUUGAUGGUUUCUCAUUGGCUGAGUUGCUGGGGUGGUCGCUUUCUUGUGGGAGAUGCAGCUGUACCUCCUUCCCUGUUGGCACCUGUAAUUGAUGAUUCUUUCCUGUCGGCAAUUCUGUUGGAGCCUAUAAUUGACAGUUCUUCCAGUACUAACCUCAGGUGGUACCGCAGGAGAGCUUCCCCCAUCCUUCUGGCCUCCCAGCUCCAUCUUAGAUUUCUCUUCAUUAGUGGAAGAGACUGAUAGGUACAGAGAGAUGGAGGCAGUGAAUAGGGAGAACCUGGCAAAAGCUCAUGCAGGGACUGAGAAAGGGGAAGAGCCGCCAAGGGAAAGAGACUUGGAGAGAAAGCCGGAGGUGGGAAGUGAGUGAGACGGAUGGGAACUGGAUUAGGGCAGACCAGUGAAGAGAGCCAUCCAGAGUGUGGAGAAAAUGGGGCUCGAUGGAGAGAGGGUGCAUUUGGUAAACUUGGAGAGCAAAGAGAACUGAAAAGACAGUGUCAAGCUUAAAAGCCAGACCACAGAGAAUCACACUGAGAAGAUGAAGAGGAAUAAAUGGGCGCCUGACUCCCUAGAUUUGAAUUCCUUGUCUCAUUGUGUACUUAACCUGUCGUUGGCUCAGUACAACAGGGAGUGAUAAUAGCACCUUUUUUUUUUUUAAGAUUUAUUUUAAAGAAGCGGGGAGGGGCAGAGGGAGAGAGAGUCCAGCGAUGUGUGGAGCUUGAUGACCCUGAGAUCAUGACCUGAGUUGAAACCAAGAGACACUUAACCGGCUGUACCACCCAAGUGCCCCAAGUAGCACCUUUUUAACAUGAGGAAAGUGUAGCUGUGUAUAUGUAUGUAGCUGGCCCUAGAAAUAUACAUAGGUGAUUUAGAAUAGUACCUGAUAAGUGAGGAGCGCUGUUAGCUAGUAAAGCGUCAGAACUGGGAGACAAAAGGUUAGGUGGGGAAACGCAGGUGAAUAGUCAUGAUGGAGGGAAAGGCAGUAACAGAGACUGGGAAUUGGAGAGAGACAAAAAUGGAGCGUCAGGGAAAAAAAAAACACAAACGACUGAACAAGCAAAUGAGAAAGUCAGUCGGAGAACCGGCGAGGAAUGGAAAGGGUCAAAUGGAGAGGGCUGGUUAGAGAGAAUAUCAGACCUGAAGGUAAGAGAAACGACGAGAGACAGGACCAGACUAUGAGAGGGAAGAGGGCUGAGCAUGGUGAGCUGAACAAAACAGGCUGAGAUACGAUGGACAGCCAGAGAGGGGAGAGCUCGGGAAGCAGGGAAACACCCUGUAAGCCACCACCAAGAGACCCAGAGAUGGUCAGACACUGUGACAGAGAACCGAGGGGACCCAGGAAAUCUACAAGGUUGGGACUCGAGAGCCAUGGUACUCAGUCGGGCCCACGGGCGCAUAGGCGGCUUGCAGCUGGGAGGAAAGCUCUUCAUUUCAUUCCCGAUCUUUUUCUUGGGAUCCUGGGCUCGGUAUCCAUAGCCCACUGAGGCCUUUUCCUCUUACUGCCUCCCCUCCAGCAGGAGUUCCCUAUGAAGCCACUCUAGCAUCACCUAACCCAGGUGUUUACCGGAAAAUGUGCUCCCGUGGGCAACCACUCCGCCAGCUCACAGUUCCUCAGUGGCCGUCCUGGUGCGUCCUUCAUUGUGCCCACGUGCAGGCUUUUCUCUAGGAUGGGUUUCUAGGAAAGACUCGCGGGUUCAAGAGCUACUACAGACAGCUGCGGGUUGGCAUUCUGGACCUGAAAACCCAGGAUGGACUGGUGUCUGUCCCCGAGAUUACUGCCGGAGUUGUGAGGAGCCCUGGGUGUCACCAGCUUGAGCCAGGUUCCUGGGCACUUGCUCUGUCAUUGCCUGUGGUCGUCCUGGACCGUCAACGAGGAGGGAGAUUGUCUCUGAAGAGAGAGCGGUUCCUUAUUCCAGACACCGGCUUCUUACUGUGACUCGGAGAUAGCACUGAUAGCAUGCCUCCUCCCAGAACGAAGAAGGGCGGGGAUCCCCGAGGCCGACACUGGGAUCCCGGUGAGGAGGAGGCCCCCGAGAAAUGGGACUGGAAUUGUCCAGAGACACGUCGCCUCUUCGAGAAUGCCUUUUUCCGCGAUGAGGAUUAUAUACGCCAGGGUUCUGAGGAGUGCCAGAAGUUCUGGGCCUUCUUUGAACGCUUGCAGAGAUUCCAGAGUCUCAAGGCCACCAGCAAGCGGGAGAAAGACCCCGGGUGUCCCAAGCACAGCGUCCCAGCAUUGGCUGACCUGCCUCGCACUUACGACCCACGCUACCGCAUCAACCUCUCGGUCCUGGGCCCCGACACCCGGGGCUCCCGGGGGCUGGGCAGGCAGCCCCCAGAGAGAGUCGCCGAGUUCCGCCGAGCCCUGCUGCACUACCUGGACUUUGGCCAGAAGCAGGCGUUCGGGCGGUUGGCCAAACUGCAGCAGGAGCGGGCAGCACUUCCCAUCGCCCAAUACGGGAACCGCAUCCUGCAGACGCUGAAGGGGCACCAGGUGGUGGUGGUGGCUGGGGACACGGGCUGUGGCAAGUCCACUCAGGUGCCCCAGUACCUGCUGGCCGCCGGCUUCAGUCACGUGGCAUGCACCCAGCCCCGGCGGAUCGCCUGCAUCUCCCUGGCCAAGCGUGUCAGCUUCGAGAGCCUCAGUCAGUAUGGCUCCCAGGUUGGCUACCAGAUCCGCUUUGAGAGCACGCGGACGGCGGCCACCAAGAUCGUGUUCCUGACGGUGGGGCUGCUCCUGAGGCAGAUCCAGCGGGAGCCCAGCCUGCCCCAGUACCAGGUCCUGAUAGUGGACGAAGUCCACGAACGUCACCUCCACAACGAUUUCCUCCUGGGCGUCCUCCGGCGCCUGCUGCCCAAGCGGCCGGACCUCAAGGUCGUCCUCAUGUCGGCCACCAUCAACAUCUCGCUCUUCUCCAGCUACUUCGGUGGUGCCCCCGUGGUGCAGGUGCCCGGGAGGCUGUUCCCCAUCACGGUGGUGUACCAGCCGCAGGAGGCGGAGCCAGCAGCGUCCAAGUCCGAGAAGCUGGACCCUCGGCCUUUCCUCAGGGUGCUGGAGGCCAUUGACAGCAAGUACCCCCCCGAGGAGCGGGGUGACCUCCUCGUCUUCCUCAGUGGCAUGGCAGAGAUCAGCUCGGUCCUCGAGGCCGCCCAGACCUACGCCGGCCGCACCCAGCGCUGGGUGGUGCUGCCGCUGCACAGCACCCUCUCCGUGGCCGACCAGGACAAGGUAUUUGACGUGGCCCCCCCUGGAGUUCGGAAAUGCAUCCUCUCCACCAACAUCGCCGAGACCUCUGUCACCAUUGAUGGGAUCCGCUUUGUAGUCGAUUCUGGGAAGGUGAAGGAGAUGGGCUAUGACCCACAGGCCAAGCUGCACCGGCUGCAGGAGUUCUGGAUCAGUCAGGCCAGUGCCGAGCAGCGCAAGGGCCGGGCCGGCCGCACGGGCCCUGGGGUCUGCUUCCGCCUCUACGCCGAGUCCGACUAUGACGCCUUCGCCCCCUACCCCGUGCCGGAGAUUCGGAGGGUAGCGCUCGACGCGCUGGUGCUGCAGAUGAAGAGCAUGAACGUGGGGGACCCACGAACCUUCCCUUUCAUCGAGCCCCCGCCACCAGCCAGCCUGGAAACAGCCAUCCUCUACCUCCGGGACCAGGGGGCCCUGGACAGCUCCGAGGCCCUCACCCCCAUUGGGUCCCUACUGGCCCAGCUGCCGGUGGAUGUUGUGAUUGGGAAGAUGCUGAUCCUGGGCUCCAUGUUCCACCUGGCGGAGCCCGUGCUCACCAUCGCGGCUGCCCUCAGCGUCCAGUCGCCCUUCACCCGCAGUGCCCAGAGCCACCCGGAGUGUGCAGCGGCACGGCGUCCCCUGGAGAGUGACCAGGGGGACCCCUUCACACUCUUCAACGUCUUCAACGCCUGGGUGCAGGUGAAAUCUGAACGGAGGAGAAACUCACGCAAGUGGUGCCGCCACCGGGGUAUAGAGGAGCACCGGCUGUACGAGAUGGCCAACCUGCGGCGCCAGUUCAAGGAGCUGUUGGAGGACCAUGGGCUGCUGGCCCGGGCGCAGGCCGCGACGCCAGGCGACAGCUACCAUCGGCUGCAGCAGCGCAGGGAACGCAGGGCGCUGUACCACCUGAAGCGGCAGCACGAGGCGGGCGGGGGGCGCCGGCGCAAGGUGCUGCGGCUGCAGGGGGGCCUGGACGGCGGCUCCAGCGACGAAGACCAGGGACCUGGCGAUGGUGUGGACAUCCAGGACGUGAAGUUUCAGCUGCGGCACAGCCUGGAUCAGCUGCAGGCGGCCACCAGCUCAGCCCAGGACCUGACGCAGGACCAGAUGGCCCUGCUCAAGCUGGUGCUGGGCCGGGGCCUCUACCCGCAGCUCGCCGUCCCGGAUCCGUUCAACAGCAGCCGCAAGGACUCGGACCAGGUUUUCCACACGCGGUCCCAGCAGGGCACCGUGCUGCACCCCACCUGCAUCUUUGCCAACAGCCCCGAGGUACUGCACACGCAGGAGCGGGAGGCCAGGGGCGGCGAAGCAAGCCGAGAUGACAAGGACAAGAUGAGCAGCAAGCACCAGCUCCUCACCUUCGUCUCCCUGCUGGAGACCAACAAACCCUACCUGGUGAACUGCGUCCGCAUCCCCGCUCUGCAGUCCCUCCUGCUCUUCAGCCGGUCCCUGGACACCAACGGGGACUGCUCGCGCCUGGUGGCCGACAGCUGGCUGGAGCUCCAGCUUGCGGAGAGUGAGUGCGCUGUCCGCCUUCUGGCAGCUUCCGUGCGGCUCCGGGCCCACUGGGAAAGCGCCCUGGACCGGCAGCUGGCCCGUCAGGCCCAGCGGCGGUGGCCAGAGAUGGGUCAGGAGGCGACGGCAGCUCCAGUGGACUGCAAGGAGGCAGCAGACCUGAGCAGGGACCUGCUACAGUUCGCAGCGUCCGAGGUUCCCUACCGCCUCCGGCGGCUCACAGGGCUGGAAGUCCAGAACCUAUAUGUGGGACCCCAGACCAUCACCACUGCCCCCAGUCUCCCCGGCCUCUUUGGCAGUUCUCCCCUCUCCCCCCACCCCACUAAAGGGGGCUACGCAGUCACUGACUUCCUCACCUACAACUGCCUCGCGAACGACAUGGACCUGUACAGCGACUGUCUCCGCACCUUCUGGACCUGCCCCCACUGUGGCCUGCACCUGCCCCUGACCCCCUUGGAGCGCAUCGCCCACGAGAACACGUGCCCCGAGGCCCCGCAGGACGGCCCCCCAGGGGCUGAGGAAGCCACCCCCGAGCCCCUCCAGAAGGCGUCUGGCCUGCAGAGGCCUUACCACUGCGAGGCCUGCCAGAAGGACUUUCUAUUCACGCCCACGGAGGUGCUGCGGCACCGGAGGCAGCACCUGUGAGCCGGGCCGGGGAGCCCUGUGUGUCACCUCACCUGUCGCCCCCGCCUGUCAUCCCUGCCCAGCAUCAGGGCCGGGCCCAGGACUCCCGCCCGAACCUGCAGCCUGGGCCCAGCUCGGCAAGGAGGGAGUAUGAGUAUGUGAAUAAAGUCCCUUACACGGACUCUGCCCUCGGAGCCUGCCGCCGCCCCACGCUGGCCCUCCCGUCCUGCUUGCUGCCCCGUGUCAUCCGGGGCACUGCGGGGCAGAUGGGGGCAGGGGGGGCCCAGCAGGGACUUCAGAUCCCAGGCAGAGGACCCUUCUCCCCCCCGCUCCCCUCCGCUGCUCUCUCCCGAGUCUGUCCUCGCGGGCCCUGCUUUUCCUCAGACUAGGGAGACCUGCGUUGUCCCUCCGCAUGAGUCGCUUCGAGAACUGGGGGGUGGGGGGUACCUUGUCGGUGGGGGCCCCCAUCUGACACGGUCCCCCGGGGCCGUUCCUGCUGCCGGGUCCUUGGCAGUUCUCACUUGUCCCCUCCGACCCCCAGCCCGACCCUGCCGCACACAUGAGAACCACAGGGAAACCCCGUGAACCCUGGAUGCUGGCAAAUCCCACGGCUCCAUUGAAAGAGAAUAGCGAAAGAUGCAGGUUCCCAAAGCUGGCUCCAGAAGAGAAAGAACUAUGACGUCAGCAUUGCACUAAGGCCCAGACGAAGAGCCCACUACAGUAUUCAGUAUGAACACAGACACAAAGCCCUCACCAAAAGUUUAGCCAGGCCUAUUCCGCGGUCAGUAAAAAGGGCAGUAAGUCCCAUCAUGGCCAAGUGGGGUUUGUUCUAGGAACCGCGUUGGUUUAACGUUUGAAGACCAGUGGGAUUCACCAUAUUAAAAACAAAGCACAUCAGAAAAAUUUCAACAUCCUGGGGCCUCGGGUAAACCCCUCGACCUCUCUGCUUUACCGUUUUUCUGACCAAACACAGCCCCACUGUCUAUUUUCAAAUUUAAAUCUUGGAAAGCCCUCAUAUUUUUUCCCCGAGUCUGAGAGCAAUGCGUGGUUGUGUGGGGGCAGGGAUCAGAGCCUAAAUAGAAGCCACGGCAGGGGUUUUCACCAGGAAGGGGGUUAAUACGGGGAUGGGGGGCUGACGACAGCCCGGGAGGCUGGAGCGGCGGGCUCCGGGCCCGGCCCUCGGGAGCGACCCGCAGGACGACAGCACAGAACCCUCGGAGGCCGCCGCCGGGACCGCUGAGUGCAAGAACGCCCGGCCCCGGCCGUGACCCUGGGGUGUCUGCUGCAGCACCCCCCCCCCCCGUCUCUGGAGGGGUCCGCCUGCCGGAACCUGCUCCGCGGCCAGAGUCCGGCUGCGGGGGCGCCGUCUCCAGCCUCCGCCGCCAGAGGUGAGGGGGGUCAGCCGGGCCCACCCGGGGUCCCCCUGCCGUGAGCAACGCGGGCGGAAACGGAGAAGGUGCAGAAAUGCGAUGGAAGGAGCAAGAAUCUACCGCGAUCCGCCUUCCCGGGCGCAGCCGCCAGCGCCUUUCUCUGCGCAUGCGUUUCCAGACUUGUACGCACUGGUCAAGGUCGUGUGGCGCCCUUGGCCGGUUGAACAGUUCUCCGAGACAGAUCCUAAGGGUUUCCCCAGCUCACUACACAUUCGUCCGAAAGCGGACUCUUUACAAAUGGCGGUGAAAUGGCCCAAGUGGAGACGCCCCACGUGUAAAUACCCGCGUCCUGCUCUUGCGUCUUUGGAGC